AUGCGGCAGAACUUUAUUGGAAUGGUGGUUGGCAAUGCCAUGCAAAAGACUGUCAAGGUCAAGGUCACUCGCUCAAAGUUGCACCCUAUCGUUCUCAAGACUAUCAAAUCGCACAAGAACUACCUUGCACACGACGAGAACCAACUCUGUGGUUUGGGCGAUGUUGUCCGUAUCGAGGCAUGCCGACCUUUGAGCAAAAACAAGCACUUUACCGUUGCAGAGAUUGUUCGUAGCGCAAAGGGUGCCAACGCCAACUAA